GCGAGAACGGCAACUUGUAGGUUGUGUGUUCUUUGCCACAAUGAUAAUGAAAAGGUCGUGCGCACUCUGGGCUCUGACGCAAUGAAAACGAAGCCAACAGCGUAGCUGGGAUCGGCUGGUCCGGCGAGGUCCCGCCCCGCCCGGACGGCCACCUGCGCCCCGCUACGGCCUCACCUCCGUGCCCGGCUACUCGGCCCGGUUCGGGCGCACAGCCCGGGCCGCGCGGGUGGAUCCACGGCCAUCGCCGCGGGAGCCGCGGGCGGCGGAGCGGAGCCGACAGAGCCACCGGCCCUGGGACCAGCCGACCCACCUGGACACCCCGCACCCCGGACCCGGGGGUGACCCCCAUGGCCGCGCGGGGCCCCGAAGCCCCCAGCGGGCGCGCGCUGCGGGACGCGGCAGAAAAUCUAUUUCAGGAACUCCAAGAACACUUUCAAGCUCUGACUGCAACGUUAAACCUCGUACUGGAAGAAAUGGGAGGUCGCAUUGAAGACUUGCAGAAGAAUGUGAACGACUUGAUGGUGCAAGCUGGGAUUGAAAGUUCUGCUCAAGAGCAAAUGGCGAGGCCUUAUUAAGGCACUCAGGUGUUCACCGUUUACAUAUCUUCUGCUUUCAUCUUGAAACAUUUAAGCCCAUAUUUGUUCACUAAGGGAACUACUGCUUCUGCACUACAUGAAAAACCUUCAGGAAUAAUAAAAAAAAUUCACAAAUGCUCUUUUCUAAAUGGAACAGAAACACUCUUCGUCAUUGUUCCUUAAAAAGUGCACAUUUUAAAGGAAAACUAUUAUUUAAAAAUUGGAUUUUGUUAAAGUACUUUUCACCCUCAUCCCUCAAAUUAGUUUUCAAUCAAAACACAAGUCAUGAUGAAUGAGUGCUUGGGGAUGACAACUAGUGGCUUCUGUCUGAGACGUUCAUGGAAGGAUUUAAAGAAGACACAUGUGCAUUAGGUUCUCACCCCAUUUCAUGAGUGGUUCCUGAGGAGCCCACCCCGCCCCCCAGAAUGCAAAUAUUUCUUUUCCAGUGGAAUUUUGCAUUUCAUCUUUUUUCUUUUACUAUUUUAUUUUUAAUUUUUAGUCUUAGUUUUAUUUUUUAAUUGAAGGUUUUAUUGUAGUUGACGUACAACAGUAUAUAAGUUAUAGGUGUACAAUGUAGUGAUUCACAAUUUUUAAAUGUUAUACUCCAUUUAUAGUUAUUAGAGAAUAUUGGCUGUAUUACCCAUGUUGUACAAUCUAUCCUUGUAGCUUAUUUUAUACAUAAUGGUUUGUACCUCUUAAUCCCCUACCCCUAGUUUCCUCUCCCCCUUCCCUCUCCCCAAUGGUAACCACUAAUUUGUUCUCUA